GUAUUUCUUGGCCAAUGGUUUUCUUCCUUGGGCGGGUUUUGUUGACUGAUUCUUCAUCACAUCCGUCCAUGGCCUGACUUGUUGGUCAAGCACCAUGGAGUUCCUUUUAGGAAAUCCUUACAGUACGCCAGUGGGGCAUUGCAUUGAAAGAGCCACUGAUGGCUCCCUACAAAGUGAAGACUGGACCCUCAACAUGGAAAUAUGUGACAUCAUCAAUGAGACAGAGGAUGGGCCCAAGGAUGCCAUUCGAGCAGUGAAGAAGAGGCUGAAUGGCAACAGAAACUAUAGAGAAGUUAUGUUGGCUUUAACGGUUUUGGAGACGUGCGUGAAAAAUUGUGGUCACCGUUUUCACGCUCUGGUCACUAGCAGGGACUUUGUCGAUGGUGUGCUUGUUAAAAUCAUCUCUCCUAAAAACAACCCCCCAACCAUUGUUCAAGAUAAAGUACUCGCUUUAAUUCAGGCCUGGGCUGAUGCAUUCAGGAGCAGUCCUGACCUUACAGGCGUGGUCCAAAUUUAUGAGGAGCUGAAGAGAAAAGGCACAGAGUUCCCUGUGUCAGAUUUGGAGUCCCUAUCACCUAUACACACACCUCAGCGGGCUGCAUCUGCUCCAGAGGGUGACACCACCUUACAUAAGUACAGCACCACUUCACACCCAGCACCACAUGCUGUCCCACCAGCCUGCAACACCCCUCAGGUCCCCAGCAUUCACACAUCUGGAUCAAUCAAUCCGACACCUGAACAGGUUUCUCGGCUGCGCAGUGAGUUGGACGUUGUGCGUGGGAACGCGAAGGUGAUGUCAGAAAUGUUGACUGAGAUGGUUCCAGGUCAAGAGGAUGCUUCAGAUUACGAGUUACUGCAGGAGCUCAAUAGGACUUGCAGAGCCAUGCAGCAAAGGGUAGUGGAGCUUAUCUCCUGCAUUUCCAAUGAGGCGGUGACUGAGGAGCUGCUGCACGUCAAUGACGACCUUAAUAACAUAUUCUUGCGCUAUGAAAGGUAUGAGCGGUUUAGAUCUGGGAGGUCUUCAGCACCAAGUGUCAACAAUGGGGUGAGUGAUCUGACACAGGUGCUGAACGAGGCUACAGAAGACAACCUCAUAGACCUUGGACCAGGGUCACCCGCAGUGGUCAGCAAUACGCCCAACGCAGCCCCAACAACCCUGCCCUCUACCUUUGCUGUUCCCACAGCACAACCCGCCUCUCCGAGCUCCUUGUCAUCCCGACUUGCUGGUCUCGAUAUGGGCGCAGACAGCGUGAGCAGCACUUUAAGCUCACUGUCCAGCUCUAAGCCGCCUCCGGCACAGGAUGACUUUGAUGUGUUUGCUCAAACCAGGACUGGAGUUCUGUCUGAAACAAACAAAAGAUACACAGCAGAAGACAGAGCCCAUGAUCAGCCGCCAGCAGGACAGUGUCUGGGAGGUCAGUCCUCUGUCAUGGAUGACAUAGAGGAGUGGCUGCAUACUGAUGUGAAAGGAGAUGAAGCAGAAGAAGGUGUGACGAGUGAAGAGUUUGACAAGUUUCUUGAGGAGCGCGCUAAAGCUGCUGAGCUCUGUACCUCCCUGCCGUCGCCCCCGGGUGCAUCGCAGGGGACUCCUGGCCACAAAAAGCCAAACACUGCAGAGGACACGUUAUUCGCUAUGUAGACCUUCACCUUUGACCUGUUAUCUCCAGCUGAGUAACAUCACCUCGCGCAGAAUGAUUGAUCAUCCCAUCCACGUCCGUUUAACAUUAACACUAUUCAGACAAGCUGCAAACAAUUCCACGUGUUGGCCUCCUAAAUUUGCUGCUAGACAGAAGAAGUAAUCACAUCAAGUGGCUGAUUUUUGAUUCGCUGUCAAACAUUAGCUCUCGACUAUGUGAAGACCAGCGUCGGAUAUAAAGUGAGGUCCUGUUAUUCUGUCUUUUGCACAUGUUGAGUUCGGUUCCUCAGCCUGUGUUUACAGGUUGCAGCUAAUCCUCAGAAUAAUUUUCAACAUGACUUUUAUCCGUUUCUUUGCUCAAAGCACAUGUCGGUUCUUAAGCGCCGUGUAUCCAUAAGGUCUUAAAAGUAAUGGCACUUUGUUGUCCGUCUCAGUUGACUUGUAAAUCUGUAAAUGACAAAUGUCACGUUUAUUAGUUGCGUGUGUGAGAUUUCUGAGUGAGCUGAUGUUUCAGCUUCUCUGACGACAGGGAUGUACCUCACCAAGGCAGGAAAAAAAAGCAACUAAACAAGCACUUAAAAAGGAGAAUAAGAUGAAAGGACGUUAGCUCGUGUGAUUGGCGUAAUUGCACAUUGUUCCAACAGACUCUCUGUCUUCUUGUGUCGUGUUUUUCCUCUGACAGACUGAAACUGUCAGCUGUCACAUUGGUAACAACAAAAUUUAAAGUUUUUGCAGAGAUUUUUAUCAGACUAAAGCUGCUGUCUGACUUUUUACAAGAAGUCAGUUGUGAACAAUAUCGUUUUUCUUUGAGUAAUUAUCUUGAUGC